AUGCGAUCAUCACAAGAUCAGAGCACCAUACCCUUACACCAUCAUUACAUCACGACACCAUACCACCGCAUCGCACCACGGCAUUAUACCCUCAAAAUACCACAGUACCACACUCUCAUACCCUCACAAUACCACACUUUCACAAGUCUCACACUACCACAAUACCAAACCCUCACAUCACCACAAUACCACACCUUCACACACAAUACCAUACCCUUACACCACAAUACCACACCCUUAUACCACCACAAUACCACAAGUAAACCACAAUACCACACUCACAUCACAAUACCACACCCUUAUACCAUCACAAUGCCACACCCUCACACCACUACAAUACCGUACCCUCAUAUGACCACAUUACCACAAUACCACACCCUUACAUAUACAUAUCUCAUACUCUUACACCAAUAUCACAACCUCACACUUACACCACCACAAACCACACCCUCAUACUCUUUACACCACUACAAUACCACACUUCACACCAAGUACCACACCCCCUCAUAA